AUGCGGCUGGCGUGGUUCUCUGAUAAGACAAACUGGCACAGGACAAAGGGAAACGCAGACUAUAUACAGUACGGUAAUGGGAAACAGGUGGAAACAGUCAGGGCGGGGCAGACAAUCAAACCAGUGGGAAACACACAAGGGGAAAGAGGAAGUUACCUGAAACGAGAGGAGAUUCUCGACAAACCAUGGAGAGAAAUAAACUGGAAAGACAAACAGAGCACUCUGCAGUAUGUGAAGAACUACAAACCUCAUAUUGAAGGUCGGCAGCUCAGGAUUCUUCUUCAUGGACCGGUUGGAACUGGAAAGUCCAGUUUCAUCAACUCUGUUAAAAGUGCCUUACAAGGCAAAAUGUGCAGAUUGGCCUUGGUGGAUAACAUCUCUCAUGACUCUUUCACCAGAAAGUACAAAACCUACAAGAUUGAAAAGGAAAACCCAAACACCUUUUACCCUUUUGUCUUCAGUGACAUCAUGGGCCUAUCUGAAUACAAAGGUGUCCUUGUGGACGACGUCAAACUGGCUUUGAUGGGACGUGUGAAGGAAGAUUACAGGUUCGAUCCUAAACAUAAGUUGCCAGAAGACAAAGAAUACUACAACACAGAAGUAAAUCCCAACGAUGAAGUGCAUGUCCUGGUUUGUGUCAUUCCUGCUGACACAGCAAGUCAAAUAGGAGAUGAAGUUAUAAAGAAGAUUCGGGAAAUCAGGAAAGCAGCCAGUGAUCUAGGGAUUCCUCAAUUGGCCGUUAUCACCAAAAUUGAUAAGGCCUGUCCUGAGAUCAAAGAAGAUUUAAAGAAUGUCUACAGAUCCAUCCGCAUGAAGGAGAAGAUUGAGCAGAUCAGUGCAGAUGUGGGCAUCCCAAUGAACUGCAUCUUCCCAGUGAGAAACUACUCUGAAGAAAUGGACUUGAAUGAUGACGUUGACUCACUGCUCCUGAGCACGCUGAGACACAUCAUCGACUUCGGCGAAGACUUCAUCAACCACAAAAUGAGUCAGUCUGAAGAUUCAUAG